GCCUAGCUCGAACCUGAACCGGCUCGAGCGUUCGGCGAGGGAGGGAGUGAGCCGAGAGUUCCUCGCUGCGUGUGCGUGCGGCUCUAAGUGGCUCGGGACGUGGUGGGGAAGACCAAAGACUAGAUUGUAGGAAAAGCAAAUAGAAGCCAUGUUUCGAAGACCUGUAUUACAGGUAUUUCAUCAGUUUGUAAGACGUGAGUCUGAAGUAGCCACCAGCUUGGUUCUUGAAAGAUCUCUGAACCGUGUGCAGCUGCUGGGGCGAGUGGGUCAGGACCCUGUCAUGAGACAGGUGGAAGGGAAAAAUCCAGUCACAAUAUUUUCUCUAGCAACAAAUGAGAUGUGGCGGUCCGGGGAGAGUGAAGCGUACCAGAUGGGUGAUGUCAGUCAAAAGACAACAUGGCACAGAAUAUCCGUAUUCCGCCCAGGCCUCAGAGAUGUGGCAUACCAGUAUGUGAAAAAGGGGUCCCGAAUCUAUGUAGAAGGGAAAGUAGACUAUGGUGAAUACACAGAUAAAAAUAACGUGAGGCGGCAAGCAACAACGAUCAUAGCCGAUAACAUUAUAUUUCUGAGUGACCAGACCAAAGAGAAGGCAUAGAGUGGACGAGUCUCCUUUGGCCGUUGUUGUUAACAGUUGCUAAGGGGCUGUAAGCAGAAGUCAUUUGGUGGUGCUUCCAGGAAAGCUUCUUAAAUGAUUAACUCUGUUGGGAGGCUUAUCCUUUGUGCUUCUCCGGAUCCUCACCUGGCUUUUUCUGGUCUGAAAUGUGGACAUGAUGGCCGAAUCUCCAGCAGCCAUCUUGGACUAUGAGACGAUCUUCAGGAUGGAAGACAGAAGAAGCUGGGAUCUGCGAUGACCAUGGAACCACCAUACCAGUCCUGGACGGUCUAUCUCGGGACUUCUUUGGGAGACACAAAUAAAUCUCUGCCUUGUUUAAGCCACUUCUUUGUGCUUUGCAGUUAAACCUCAUUCUUACUAAUUCACACAUUCUUUAUCUUCAUGUUCACAAUGAAUUCAUUAUCUAAUUCUCUCCUAAGACCUUCCCCUGCUAGCAGAAGUAAAAACCUCUACUGCCACCGUCCUUCAGACUUUAUCCUAUGUCUCAUUCUAAAUUUGGAGAGGGACUGGGAAUACUAUGUACACAAAACCUUAGCAAUUAUUCUUUAAAAGAGUAAAUAUAAGCAUAAUUUUUCAGCAAGUAAGUAUUACCUAAUUUGGCUUGAAGCCUCUAACGAGGAUCCUUAACAGUCCCUUAUUAAAUAAAGUAGUGCUUAAGUUAAGAACACAAGUACCACCCUUAUGCUUCUCCUGGCAGUAUAGCAGACAACGUAAUCCGGAGUGA